AUGGAUCUGUUUAAAACAGAAUCUAGGAAGUUAAUGGAGGAAUUCAAGGAACAAUCCAACCGAACUGGGGGACCAAUCCUCAACAAUCCGGUGGUUCAUAACACCCAGGAGCGAACUGUUGGUCCUCUGCUGAAUGGUGAGAAUUCUAAUUUUGCUCAUACACAUAAGAUUAAGGUUGAUUUUCCUAAAUUUGAUGGGGUUAAUCCUAGAUCUUGGGAUUACCAAGUAGGAAAGAAUGUCAUUAGGUGGGAAACAUUUAUGAAGGAUACUUUUUCUCGUUUCCAAGAGUUGGGACAUGAUGACAUAGUUGGGGAGUUUAAUAAACUGAUCCAAGAUGGUACUGUGUCUGAGUACCAAGAAAUAUUUGAGGAACUCAAAGCAAUAAUGUUGGCUAAGAACGGGCACCUUACUGAAGAAUACUUCACCUCAAGCUUUAUUAGUGGGAUGAAGGAAGAAUUUAGGAUUGCAGUGCAAUUGUUUUCCCAAGCCACCUUGGAGAAGGCUAUCUACUUGGAAAGAAUGCAGGAGCUACUUCUUGACAGUGCCAACAAGAAGGCCAAGAUCAAUAUACCACCACCCAUGUACAUUCCACAGUGCCACAGAAUUACAGUGCAGAGCCCAAAAUCUACAUCUCCUUCACCUAGAGGAACAGUUCUUACUAGUCCAAAGUUUCCUCCUAUAAGAAGACUCACUUAUGCAGAAAUGAAGGCAAGGAAGGAUAAAGGAUUAUGCUGCAAUUGUGAUGAAGAAUUCAAGUUGGGUCACAAAUGUCAAAGAAAACAAUUAUUCAUGUUGGUGGCUGAUGAAGAGGAACCAAUUAUGUCUGAAGAAGAUUCACCCUCUAAUACUCCCUUAAUAAAAGAAGUGGUAGAAGAGGAUGUGGAGAUAUUUGUUCAUGCCUUGUCAGGUAAUACUUUCCCAAGCACCAUUAAAAUUCAUGGUCUAACACUAAACAAGCACCCUAUCACCAUUUUGGUGGACAGUGGAAGCACACACAGUUUCCUAGACCCUGAAAUUGCAAGAUUGAGUGGCUGUCUAGUUGAGCCAACUGCUAAAUUCCAAGUAGCUGUGGAAGAUGGAAACAAGUUAGUAAGUUCUUCCAAGUGUCCAAGAUUUCAGUGGGAAAUGCAAAGCAAUAAAUUCCAGUUUGACAUGAGAAUACUUCCUUUAGGAGGGUGUGACAUGGUACUUGGUGUUGAUUGGAUGAAGGGAAUCAGUCCAAUAAAAUUUGACUUCAAGAAGUUAACUGUAUCUUUUAGCUCAAAAGGGAAGAAUGUAGUCUUGCAAGGAAUUACCGAGUCAGCUAGCAUUUCACUCAUGACAGGGAAAGAGUAUGAAAGGUACAGGAGGAAGCACAAGCAUGGCAUAGUGGGGCAGUUAUUCUCCAUCACUGGGGAAGAAAAACAGACUUUAACACCCCCUUCCUUACAACCUCUUUUAGACUCUUUUAAACCCAUCUUUCAAGAUCCAAUUCACCUACCCCCUACCAGAAGUCAUGACCACCAUAUACCAUUACAGCCACUUUCAACCCCACCUAACCAAAGACCUUACAGGAUCCCUUACAUUCAGAAGGAUGUGGUGGAGAAAUUAGUCCAGGAAAUGUUAGCUACUGGUGUGAUCAGGCCCAGUCAUAGCCCCUUCUCAUCCCCAAUAUUGUUGGUCAAGAAAAAAUAUGGAAGCGGGAGGUUUCGUGUGGAUUAUAGGAGGCUCAAUGAGCUUACAAUCAAGAACAAAUACCCAAUACAUGUCAUUUAUGAGCUUCUUGAUGAGUUGAAGGGUGCAAAGGUGUUUUCUAAGAUAGAUUUGAGAGCUGGAUAUCACCAGAUAAGGGUUGUUCCAGCUGAUAUACACAAAACAACAUUCAAAACUCACCAGGGACACUAUGAGUUUUUAACUGACUAUUUAGGGAAUAUCAUAUCUGGUGAAGGAGUAGCAGCUGACCCUGAGAAGAUUGCUUGCAUGGUAAGGUGGACAGUACCAACCACUCUUAGAGAUCUCAGAGGGUUUUUGGUCUUACAGGGUAUUACAGGAAAUUUCUUAAGGAUUAUAGUCUCAUUUUGCAAGCCCUUAACUGAGUUACUUAAGAAAAACCAAUUUCAGUGGAGUGAGUCAGCAGAGUCAGCUUUUCAGAGAUUAAGGGAAGCAGUCGCCACCACUCCUGUAUUGGACUUACCAGACUUCUCAAAACCAUUUGAAGUGGCAACAGAUGCUUGUGAUGUUGGAGUGGGAGCUGCCCUGAUGCAAGACAAGAGACCAAUAGCCUUCUUUAGCAAAGGUAUGGGAAGCAGAUUCUUGGCUAUGUCUACUUAUGAAAAGGAAAUGAUGGCCAUUGUGUUAGCUGUCUCAAGAUGGAGAACUUAUCUACUGGGCAAUAAGUUCACCAUAUACACAGACCACCAGAGUAUUAAAUAUUUUAUGGAACAGAGAAUUCAUUCAGUGUUACAACAAAAGUGGCUCUCUAAGCUCCUAGACUACACUUAUGAACUUAAAUACAGAAAGGGAGUUGAUAACUUAGUAGUUGAUGCACUAUCUAGAGUGAAAAUGGGAGAUGAUAGCUCUUGUCAAGCACUGACUCAAGUACAACCAUCUUGGUUACAAGGAAUUCAAGAAAGCUACAUUAAUGAUGACUUAACUCAAAAAUGGAUACCUGAACUAACCACCAAGGGCCAAGAGGCAAGAGAAUUUACUUACCAGCAAGGGAUUUUGAGGUAUAAGAAAAUAAUAUAUAUUUCCCAAACUGGUGACUUGAUAAGGACAGUUCUAGAAGCCCUGCACUCAUCUCCAAUGGGGGGACAUUCAGGGGGAUAA